CUAGACCACGUCAGGGGCCGAGAAAAGGCUUUUUCGUAGGCCGACUGUCUCAUCUUGAUUACAUGCACAAAGGUUAAAAGUGAUACGUAAAUUCUGCAACAUGAUACCACGCAACUCAACUUCCCAGUUUCAAGCCAAACCUUCCCCCUCUUUUGCUGAGACCUGUUGACCUUCGCUAACUCAGACCGAAGCACCGUGAUAUAUCCUGCCGCCGUUCGCUGGGUUGAAAUACUGUGAUAUAUCAAGCUGGAUCGAGUGUCCAAGCCACUGACGCUUCUCUUCAACUCGUUCUUCUUGCUCUGCGCAGCUGGUCUGUUGGCUUUUUCUUUCCUUCUUCAUCCUGAAGAUAUCCACUCGUUUUGAGCGAUUCAUGAAUGAACACUGAGCCCUGGUGGUUAACGACACUUACGAAUGCCUUUUGCCUCGGUCUCGCGACGAACGCGUCUGUCACACAUUCUUUUCCAGCCAUUUAUGCGCAGCAUCCAGAAACGAAGCCAUGCUCUCUCACUAUCAGGACGGGUCGGACUGGCCCUGGGUCUCUUGGCGGCCCUUAUGCUAGGCGUUCUUCUCACAACGUGGGUUGUGUUGCGAGUCAAGCGCGGGCCGGGCGUCACCCUUCGAACCCUGUUCAACCGCCAACCGAUUCCUGCCCGGAGACCUGAAAGCGACCCCUCUGACCCAGAGGCCGCAAAGUCCCUAGACGACCUUGGCCGUCAAGACGGCUCUCCACAGAACUCCUCCCCUCGUCGCAUAUCCAAUGUCUCUCCCCGCCGAAUCUCGCAGCGCAUGUCUCAGCACGGAUAUAUGAGCCUCCACGAGAAGACAACCAACUCCCCAACGACCACCAUCCACACCGCACCAGCAGCAGCAAACCAUCCUCAGUUGUCCACCAAAACGGGGAGCCCAAUAAUCCCGCUGCGCCCGAUAGCACGGUUGGGUCCGGUUCGCACCAUGUCCGAGGCGGACAUCCAGCGCGUACCCCCGCCCUCACCCCUUCGGCAUGCCGCUGUCGCCGCUGUCGCCGGGCUGCGCACGAGCACUCGAUCCGCGGGCACGGGCACGGGUACUGCGCCCCAGGCGAUCCACCCGCCGUCGUGGAAUAUGCCCUGGAAGGACGAGGAGUUCUAUGUCCCUGAUAGCCCGGAGGACCAUAUCAUUGUUCUGCCCUCGCCACGUGAUUUGAAGACGUUCCGAUUGACACUGCAUGCUUGAUGGGAUGGUCCUGCUCUGGGCUUGGGGUUGGGGGGAUUGAGAAUCGAAAAGGUAAUGUAUAGUGUGUGAGGUCCGUGAUCGGGGAUGACUAUGCUAUGUAUGAAGUGGUAAUGUCUAUGAUGGUGUACUUAUUAGGGACAUGUAAUGAUUAUGACUGACUAUAUUUAUUGAGUGCAUUGGGUUGCUGAUGAUUGUCACUGUGGCGUGAGUUAUAUGUUUAUAGCAAUCGUUGUAUUUAGCUACUUAGUUCCAAUCAGUUCUGGCUUCCUUCC